UGGGAUGGUUGGCCAGAUGGCGUGCUCAACCUUGACUUUGACUGGCCCGCCUUCGAGAAGACCGGCCAUCUGAUGUUGCACUGGUCAUAUCGAGGCAACACUCUAUCGAACAAAAAGGGCAAGCAUUCCACAAGUGCAGCUCGCUGGCAGGAUGGCCGAGUCUCAGAACGCCGAUGCAUGGGCGUUAUUCGAUGUGAUAAUGAGCGGUGCGAUAUCCUUGUUCGCCCGCAGACCAGGAAGCUUGGAAUUGACUCACAACUCCUACAACCCUGCCAAUGUGGUGCUACUUUGCAGCAUCAGAAGUGCCCUAUCGUAUCGAGGCUGUAUACAUGGCGGGGAGGGGUACAUUACGUGAAUGGCCCACAGGAGUCUGUUGCCGACAUUUCACCAGUUUUAGUGAAUCAAGACAGAGUGCGCAAAGAGCGUCAGAGGAUCAAAGGAAGUAUACGUGGGGGAAUAUCUGGCAACAAUUUUGUCAAGGACUUUGCUCAAUUGGACCAAGAAAAUGCAGGCUUCAUAGUCUGGAGCCAGAUUGGACAUGUAACUGUCAUUGCGCUUCAGACUGAGUUUAUGCGAUCCCUGCUUGCAAGAGAGGCUGUUCUCAAUGAGCCCGUGAACGGUCUUGUCAGUGAUGCUGCUCACAAGUUUUGGAAGGACCGUGAUUCCAUUCUGAUAGUCACUUCAACCUUCUCGGAAGAGUUGCUACGCUGGGUUCCGGUUAUGUUCUCAUAUUCAAAUGGGCAAAGUGCGGAGCACUACAAAUGCCACUUCUUGGCGCUUUUCCUCAGCAUUGCGAAGCAGUGUGCAGACCGAAGCAUUGUUCUCACAGACAAGAUGCUUGCCCAGGUUAUGGAUUAUGGAGAAGUGCAGCGGGCAGGAUUUUUAGAAGCCUAUGUGUUGUUUUGGAAGAUGCAAAGAGAGGAUGAGCGCUCUGAAAGUCAACUACGGGCAGAUGCCACAUGUGUGUUGAAAGGGUGUCAAGAGCACUUCCGGGCUGGGACGACUCGCAUCAAGCGGAAUGGGAACAUCGUA